AUGACUACUAGAAUUACAGCAGCGAUAUGUUUUCUUAUACAAAAUUACACGAUUACACGAUUGCGAGUAAAAGACGGUUCAUCAUUAAAUGCUCUUCGUGCUGAUUUUAAAUCUAUUGAAGAAGUUAAAACUUUUAUAAGAUCGGGAAAAAUCGAUGUUGGUAUUAUGAUACAUCCAAUAAGACCUUAUCAUUUGCUAAUACGUACUAAUAAAUGUUUGAAAUGUUUAAGACAUGAUCAUACAACAAAAACUUGCUCUCGACCACGUUUAAGUCCAAAAUGCACUGAAGAACAUUCACUUGAACAUGGUUGUCAGAAUCAAGAAAGAUGUGUCAACUGCCGCGGCGAUCAGAUUUCUGGGCAUUACGCUUGUGCAGUCGUCCAGGAAAAACGUCAAGCUCUUGUUGAAUUAUCGAAAAGGCAAAGAGCUGAACUUUUGGUACUUCCAGAUCGACAACAAAAUCAAUUUGGUUAUCAAGAACGUGAAUUUCCGGCUAUAAGUAAUGACAUGCCGAUUCAUUUAUCUUCUAGUGUACAACCUCAGCAGAUGAAUGUUUCUCAAAGAACUUAUGCUCAAGUAUAA